GUCAAUUGCGUAAAUGUUCCAGUGAUUGUGGGUAGAUGCGCGCAUGCUCAUUGUCAGGGGGAGUGAGAGGAGCAUGAAUGGAGCAAAAUGGCGGAUCAUGUGCAGAGCCUAGCCCAGCUAGAGAUCCUGUGCAAGCAGCUAUAUGAGACCACAGACACCACCACACGUCUGCAGGCCGAGAAAGCUCUAGUGGAGUUCACCAACAGUCCGGACUGCCUGAGUAAAUGCCAGUUGUUGCUGGAAAGAGGAAGUUCCUCGUACUCGCAGUUGUUGGCUGCAACGUGUCUCUCCAAGUUGGUGUCUCGUACAAGCAACCCACUUCCCCUGGAGCAGCGCAUUGACAUUCGAAAUUAUGUGCUCAAUUAUCUGGCAACCCGGCCAAAGCUUGCUGCCUUUGUGACCCAAGCCCUGAUCCAGCUUUAUGCCAGAAUCACCAAGCUUGGCUGGUUCGACUGCCAAAAGGAAGACUACGUCUUCAGGAAUGUUAUAGUCGACGUGACAAGAUUCCUGCAGGAUAGUGUUGAACAUUGCAUCAUAGGAGUCACAAUUCUUUCCCAGUUAACCAAUGAGAUUAACCAAGCAGACUCCUCACAUCCACUUACAAAACACAGGAAGAUUGCGUCAUCUUUUCGAGAUUCCUCUUUGUUUGACAUCUUCACACUCUCCUGUAACCUCCUCAAGCAGGCAUCUGGGAAGAACUUGAAUCUAAACGAUGAGAGCCAGCAUGGGCUGCUCAUGCAGCUACUCAAACUGGCCCACAAUUGCCUCAAUUUUGAUUUCAUCGGUACAUCCACCGAUGAGUCCUCAGAUGAUCUGUGCACCGUCCAGAUCCCCACCAGCUGGAGAUCAGCCUUUUUGGAUUCCUCCACCUUGCAGCUGUUUUUUGAUUUGUAUCAUUCCAUCCCUCCCUCGCUGUCUCCCUUGGUUUUGUCUUGUUUAGUCCAAAUAGCAUCUGUCCGGAGGUCUCUCUUCAACAACGCAGAGAGAGCAAAGUUCCUUUCCCAUUUAGUAGAUGGUGUGAAGAGAAUAUUGGAGAACCCUCAAAGUUUGUCGGACCCAAACAACUACCAUGAGUUCUGCCGACUACUGGCUCGACUGAAGAGUAACUAUCAACUGGGAGAGCUGGUUAAAGUAGAGAACUACCCUGAGGUCAUAAGACUGAUUGCUAAUUUCACAGUAACAAGUCUGCAGCACUGGGAGUUUGCCCCCAACAGUGUGCACUAUCUGCUGAGCCUGUGGCAGCGUUUGGCGGCAUCUGUUCCUUAUGUGAAGGCCACAGAGCCCCACAUGCUGGAGACCUACACCCCUGAAGUGACCAAGGCCUACAUCACGUCUCGCCUGGAGUCCGUGCACAUCAUUCUGAGGGAUGGUCUUGAAGACCCCUUGGAUGAUGCUGGGUUGGUGCAACAGCAGCUGGACCAGCUGUCUACUAUCGGGCGGUGCGAGUAUGAAAAGACCUGUGCCCUGUUGGUGCAGCUCUUCGAUCAGUCGGCCCAGUCAUACCAGGAGCUGCUUCAGUCCACCAACUCCAGCACAAUGGACAUAGCAGUGCAGGAGGGUCGUUUGACGUGGCUGGUGUACAUCAUUGGUGCAGUCAUUGGAGGGAGAGUAUCCUUCGCAAGCACGGAUGAGCAAGAUGCCAUGGAUGGGGAGCUUGUGUGUCGAGUUUUGCAGUUAAUGAACCUCACAGACUCUCGGCUGGCUCAAGCUGGAAAUGAGAAGCUCGAGUUAGCCAUGCUAAGUUUCUUCGAACAGUUUCGGAAAAUCUACAUUGGUGACCAGGUGCAAAAAUCAUCAAAGUUGUAUCGGAGACUAUCAGAGGUUCUUGGCUUGAAUGAUGAGACCAUGGUACUCAGUGUUUUCAUUGGUAAAAUAAUCACCAACUUGAAGUACUGGGGACAGUGUGAACCAAUCACAUCUAAGACACUACAGCUCCUCAAUGACCUCUCUAUUGGAUACAGCAGUGUUAGAAAACUAGUGAAACUCAGUGCUGUCCAGUUCAUGCUAAACAACCACACAAGUGAGCACUUUUCUUUCCUGGGUGUGAACAAUCAGGCCAACCUUAGUGAUAUGAGGUGUCGGACCACUUUCUACACAGCCCUGGGAAGACUUCUCAUGGUAGAUUUGGGUGAGGAUGAGGACCAAUUUGAACAGUUCAUGCUUCCUCUCACUGCUGCGUUUGAAGCCGUAGCUCAGAUGUUCAGCACCAACACCUUCAAUGAACAAGAAGCAAAAAGAACUUUAGUAGGACUUGUGAGAGAUCUAAGGGGAAUUGCCUUUGCCUUCAAUGCCAAGACCAGCUUUAUGAUGCUCUUUGAUUGGAUUUACCCCACUUACAUGCCCAUCUUACAGAGGGCAAUAGAGCUCUGGUACCAUGUACCUGCCUGCACCACACCGGUCCUCAAACUUAUGGCUGAGCUUGUCCACAACAGGUCGCAAAGAUUACAGUUUGACGUGUCGUCACCGAAUGGAAUCCUGUUGUUCAGAGAAACCAGCAAGAUGAUUACAACAUAUGGUAAUCGGAUCCUGACACUGGGCGAGGUGCCAAAAGAUCAGGUUUAUGCACUGAAACUGAAGGGAAUCUCCAUUUGUUUCUCCAUGCUGAAAGCCGUAUUAAGCGGCAACUAUGUCAACUUCGGCGUCUUCCGUCUGUACGGCGAUGAUGCCCUGGACAAUGCCCUGCAGACCUUUAUUAAGCUGCUCUUGUCCAUCCCUCACAGUGACCUGCUGGACUAUCCAAAGCUUAGUCAGUCUUACUACUCUCUUCUGGAGGUGCUAACCCAAGACCAUAUGAACUUCAUCGCCAGCCUGGAGCCUCAUGUGGUCAUGUACAUCCUGUCCUCAAUAUCAGAAGGACUUACUGCACUUGACACAAUGGUAUGCACUGGUUGCUGCUCGAGCCUGGAUCACAUAGUUACUUAUCUAUUCAAGCAGCUGUCACGCAGCACGAAGAAAAGAGCGGCACCCAUGGCCCAGGAGAGCGACCGCUUCCUUCACAUAAUGCAGCAGCACCCUGAGAUGAUCCAGCAGAUGCUGUCGACAGUGUUGAAUAUCAUCAUUUUUGAAGAUUGUAGGAAUCAGUGGUCAAUGUCACGGCCACUGCUUGGCUUGAUUCUGCUCAAUGAGAAGUAUUUUGCAGAUCUGAGGAACAGCAUUGUGAACAGCCAACCACCAGAAAAGCAGCAAGCCAUGCACUUAUGCUUUGAAAAUCUCAUGGAGGGCAUAGAGCGAAACUUGCUCACCAAAAACAGAGACAGGUUUACACAGAAUCUUUCAGUAUUUAGAAGAGAAGUCAAUGACUCCAUGAAGAAUUCCACAUACGGGGUAAACAGCAACGAUAUGAUGAGCUGACAUUCCAUAGAGCACCAGGCCACGUGGCCCGGCCCCGUCCCGUACUCCCACCCACCCCUGGCCCGGCUGCCGGGGGACCACCACUGCGCAAGCCUGCACCUCCCGCUCCCCAGUCCCUAAAAAACCAUUACCUCUCUCCCCUCACAUCUCCUCCCCCACCCUUUUUUAUAUAUAUAUAUAAAUAUAUAUAUAUAUACACAUAUAAAUAUAUACAUAUUUUAAAGCCAGUUUCAAGAGGUCCUUCUCCUUGACCAUUCUCUUGUCAUUUGGGGCUCAAAGUCCAAAGAGAGUGAAGAGGGCUGGAGAAUGGUUGGGAAUGGGUUUGGGUUGUGGGAUGGCACCAGUGUGGACUCUAGAGUGGAUGGCACAUCCAAACCGCUCCAAGGGAUGAUGGGAAGUGGGCGUGUGUGUGUAUGUGUGUGUGUGUGGUGUGCGUGUGUGUGUGUGUUUGAGAGCAUGUCUGUGGGAGGAAGGGUUAGGAUGAGCGUGCUCUGCUUUUGCCUGCCUUGUAUAGAAACACAUAAGGAAAAAAAAAGUGUACAUUUUUUUUCAUAACAUUUUCAACAAUGUUUAUAAUUAUUACAAUUUAAGACAAAUAAUGAGUGUGAUUGAAAACUUUUUACAGUCUAGUAAGUUAGUGCGGAUUUGUCUGUAUGGAGAGAGUUGUUUAUAUCCGGGUGACCAUGUGGGAUUGUGGCAUGAGUGCUGGGAUUGACACCUGUCCGCAGAGGGGGCGGGAUGGAAAGGUGUAUAGGGUCACAAGUUGUACAUUUAUUUCCUCCUCCCCCCUCAAAUUGACUCUAUAGAACAAAAACAGGAGAUUUGUAAAUACACAACCCCUCGCGUUAGCUUUUUCAGGAGGGAUGCAAUUUCCCUAAAAUCUUGGGCAUGAUGAAGUCCGUCUUGCAUCAACCUUUCCCCGUAUGGUCAUCCAUUGCUGAGGAUGUUUAGUUCUGCUCACCUCUGACCUGGAAACGGGCCCAAAAUCACCCAUUUUAGUGUAUGAUUAAUUCUGAGACCUCCAUUAAAGGAGAACGCACGUGUAACCUUUUCCCUUUUGUCUCUGAAGGGUUUGAUCAUGUCGUCUGUGGAUUUGAUUAGAUAAAGUGACUUGGUUGUGGUGAAGUUGCUCUCUGAGCUUUCGUCAAACUGUUUUCCUUGCUUUUAAUCUCACAGACUUCGUCUCUCGUGGCUUUAUUGUUGAUCUGGCGUUCUUCGGUAGUGAAGCCUAUAGAAUGUAACCGUGUCAUUAAAAAAGAAAAAAGAAAAAAAAAGACCCUGGUACUCAAGUCAUUGCGACAGGAUCACUCUCGACAGUUUCUCUAGCUUUAACCCCCCUUUUUUUUCUUUUCUUUUUUUUUUAACUCCCCCUGGAUUCCAGAUUUAUUUUUAAUCACAGAAAACACAUCGGAAUAUGGUAGAUCUAAACAGAGGUGAAUCAACAGAUGUUGCUGCUAACUGUUUGUGAAGAACUAGCUCAUCUCUUAACCAUGUCCAACACUCAUGGAUGUUAACUUUCUUUUCUUGGUUCCCUGAUGUGAAUGUGUUUUUGGCGACUGUGUGUUGGGUCCAUUGAGUGAUAAGGUUGAAUUGUUUGUUUGGAUGUCUGCUACAUAUAGUGUAAGCAUUGUGACUGCAAAAUAAACAUCAUUGGUUUGUAUUAGUA